AUGGCGUUGAAUCGGAAAUACGCAGCAUUACCAGACCUUGACUCGGCCCCGGACGUGUACGAGACGCCAGAGCUGACAGACGAUACCUCCACUGUUCCUACGACAACCGGACAAUCGCAUUCGGAUGACGAUUUCGACGACGACCUCGACGAUGACGCCAACGGCAUUUCAAGGUCCCGACUUCGGGUAGAUGAAGCACGAUCUCGCUUCCUUCCGGCGGGCGUGGACGCCACAGGGGUCGACUUUUCCGAUCGAGUAGACGGCAAGCGCAAAUCGUACAAGGCAUCAACGCGACGCCAGCGUUUCCUGCAGGAUGGUACGGAGCAAUUCGGCGAUCUUAGUGAUGAGGACGAUGAGGACAGCCUGGAACGCAAGAUAGCGCGGCUGCAACGAGAAGUAGAGGAAGCCAAGGAGGAAUACGGGAAGAGGAAGGAGGCUGCAGCAAAAUCUACGACAGGAGACCAUGACGAGAAUUUAGGGUCUCUCAGCAAGGUCCUGGACGAGAUCUCCAAAACUCUGGAACCGCAUACGAGCGCUUCUCGCGCACCUCAGCCAGUGUCUCAAUCAUCUGGGCCAUCUAAGAAUGAAUCGCAAGACUUGGUGGCACCGGGGAACUCUGCGACCUACACAGUAACGUAUGCUCCUACCUACGAACAGAGUCACGCUCUCGCCACCGCCGCGGACUUUGACCGACGACUGGCCCUCCUUGAGAAGGCAAUCGGAGUAGGAUCAACCGCCCUGCCGGAAGUCGACAUCAAUGGUCUGCCCAGAGCCAUUCUUCCCACGCUUGAUGGGCUUCAGAAGCAGAUUACGACUCUGUCGCAGGCGUCAACAUCGAAUCUGGAUUCAAUCAGCCGUCGAGUCCGUACCCUCAUCCAAGAAGCUCAGGAGCUGGAAAAGGCACGCCAGGGGGCUAAAUCUGCGCAAGAAACCCUCGGCAAUGGUACGGCUCCUAGCGAGGAUGCCCCGGCUCCCGAGCAGCUGGCAAAGAUUAACGCUCUUUAUGGGACUUUGCCGACCAUUGAGAACCUCGCUCCUCUCUUACCACCAUUGCUUGACCGCCUGAGGUCCCUCCGCGCAAUACACUCUGACGCUGCCACUGCUGGCGAAAUGCUUGGCAGAAUUGAAAAGCAACAAACCGAUAUGGCGACGGACCUUAAGCAAUGGAAGGACGGUUUGGAAAAGGUUGAGGAGGCGAUGAAGGAGGGUGGCACUGCCAUGACCGGAAACAUGAAGGUGAUGGAGGCAUGGGUAAAGGACUUGGAGGGACGCAUUGCGAAGUUGCCAUAA